AUGCCUUUGGAUCUCAUUCCAUCAAUACUAUCACUUUCAAUUGAUGACUUAGCUCUCACAAUGUUGGGGUUUAUGAAUAACAGGGCAGCAGCACCUGCAGCUAAGAACACAGUAUUGCAGACAGAAGAAAUAAUCAGAUUAAAUGGAAUCUACAAGCGGUUACUUUCAAAUGCUGGGGUUAAAUUAUAUGAAGGAGAGGGAAAGAUAGUUGGUCCAAAUGAAGUUGAGGUGACGCAACUAGAUGGUACUAAAAUAUGCUAUUCAGCAAAACACAUACUCAUUGCAACCGGCAGCAGGGCUUAUCGACCGGCUAUUCCAGGGCAGGAGUUAGCUAUAACCUCUGACGAAGCCUUGAGCUUGGAAGAGUUACCUAAGCGUGCUGUCAUACUUGGGGGAGGGUACAUUGAUGUUGAAUUUGCUUCAAUAUGGAAGGGUAUGGGUUCUACAGUGGAUCUAUGUUUCAGAAGGGAACUUCCAUUAAGAGUUUUUGAUGAUGAAAUGAGAGCAGUGGUUGCAAGAAAUCUGGAAGGCAGGCAAAUUAAUUUGCAUCCCCAGACAAAUCUGACAGAGUUCUACCAAGAUUUGGCAAAUUCAGAGAAGGCUCUUGAAUGCCUCCAACGGAAUGCAGUUGGUUCUCAUUUAUACCCUCAGAAUCCAGUCCUCCGCCUUGGAAGUCAGCUCAACUUCAGUGUUAGAAGUUGCAGGAAUGCCAUCGAGGAUUUAUCCGUUGGGUUAAGCUUGAAAGCUCAAACAUUGAGUGUUAUAUUUAAAGAGCUUCUUCCUUCCAUGCUAUUGGAGAAUAUAGAGAAGCGGUAUUAG